AUGAAAUUCACCAUUCUUUCGAUCCUUGCCUUCAUUACUGUCGCAAUGGCUGUAGUACAACCCCAGAAAGCCGUCAUCGUCUCAUAUCCAAACGACACCCCAGAUAGCAUUGUCGACCAGGCAAAGGAUGCUAUUCUUGCAGCUGGAGGCGUUAUUACACACGAAUACAAGUUGAUCAAGGGAUUCGCCGCAAAAGCUUCCGCAAAAGUUCUCGACACAGUUCAGACAAUGGGAAAUGAUUACCACGCCGUGAUUGAAGAAGACCAAAUGGUUUCUAUCGCCGGGGGCAAGAGUUCGUGA